CAGUCACAAAACUCUCUUGAUUAACUAGUGACGAUCGAUCUUAUCACCAUUGGUCAAUGUAAGGUACAUGGCAUCAUAUAUCAUAUGAAUCCAAGUCUAUCCAUCUCGACAAGCAAAGCGCGCUCAUACGCCGGCCGGUGCCUUGCCACACGUAUAUAAGAUUAAAAUUAAUUAGCAUAAUAGUUAAUCUUUGGGUUCAGCUGGAUCCUGCAGUGCGGUGGUCCUGCCCUGCAUAGAUAUAUGACGUCAAGGUUAUACAAUUGCUGAUCAUCUCUGCAUAGAUAGUUAUUACUUCUAAUCGGUUCCGUUAUUUGACUUUUUCCUUUUUUCUGAUUUCAAACCCAGACCAAACCCGACACGGAUUCUGUAGCUAGGAGCCUAGGAGCUAGGUUCAGCUAGAUAGCUAGUUUAAUUACCUUCAGGUAAUCAGUUUGCUGCCUACAUCUCACUGUUUACUGAAGGAACAGUUGAAUAUGAUUGAGCUAGCAGAGCGCAUGCAAUUCGUGCAUGUUCAUGCGUGAAAGCAUGAAACAUGAUUAGAGCAGAGGUCGAUGGUGAUGGACUAGCUAGGGUUCAUCAGCAUCAAUAUAUUAGCUAGACCACUGAUUGAAAUGGCUAAUGAUCAUACUCCCAUUGCUAGGUUUUUUGUCAGCAUCCAAGUUAAUUAAGCCCUGCUAAUAGGUGGUUUGAUUCCUAUACCAGCCAAUGGCCUUGGAAGAUGCACGGGUUCAUCGAUGAUGUGACAUGCUGAUUUUCUUUUCAAACUAGAUGAUGACAUGCAUGAUGAUACAUAAAGCAGAACACAAGUAAUCUCUCUGAUAAUAUGCCAUUCUGAUUCUUAUUCUUCUACCUUUUCGAGGAUAUCAUGUCACUCACGAGGGGUGAGUACUACCAAUGACAGUAACAAAUUGAGCAGGAGAAAUGAACACCUCUUAUUUAUUCUUUUUCCAAACUAACACCUCUUAUUGAUCUUCAUUGUCGUAUCAAGAAGAUACAGCUGCAAGAAGGUAUAAUCACUGGCCUAUGCAUAAGAAGAUGCACGCACCCGAGGUUUUCAUCUCCUUGUAUAAUUUCUUAUGCACAAUUUUUUCACCUCGAGAUGGGUUCUUUUUUGUCAGGUGAUUUCUCAGGGAGCAGCGGCAGAAUAGUUCGUUUUCCAUCCUUUUCAAACUUUUUCUUAUGCAUGCCUUGUAAUGGUCUCAAAAUGAAAGAACACAAGUUGCUAUUUACAUAAGUGCGAAUUACUAGUAUACAAAUUUCCGCUAAAAUAGAAAGAAAAAAAUCUGUAUUUUUACAAGCUGUAGUUGCGUGUAGCUUAAUGGCCAAUGGUUUAAGUACACCUCAAGAAGUACAAGGCGAACUGGUUAACUGUUAAACAAAUCCAUGACAACUGCAUCAAGUAAAUUAAACUAUCCUCUGCUAGGAGACGAAGCCCACACAUCCUAGUUUACUCCUAACAAUACACCAUUUCCUGCUCUGACUUCACACAGAGGGGUGUGGAGAACAGCUCCAAGACAUAACAAUUGUUAGAUUUAAAAAUGGCAUCAAGAAGUUGACCCCAUCAUUUGUCCCAAGAAAUGGCAGCAAAUGAGGUUAAAUUUGUGCGUAUAUAACUAGGGGAUUGAGCCAGAUGCCAAGCUAAGUUAGUACACUAUCUAGGAGAGAUGGAGACAGAGAUAGAAAGGGAGAAGAUGGAGAGGGGCAAGUCUGAGCUGAGGGUGGCCAUGGAGGAGCUCUGCUUGCUCAGCCCAGGAGAUGGUGAAGAACAGGAGCAGGAGCAGCAACUUAGGUCAUCCACCAUGGAUCUCCUCUGUGUCUCCAAGCAGCUUCUGCAUGUCCUUGAUGAGAUUGGGCCAACGUUACUAGUCCUCAGGCAAGACAUUCAGCAAAAUGUUCAGAGACUACAAGAUCUCCAUGCAAGAGACUCCUCGAAAUAUGCGACUUUGACCGCGAUUGUGAUAGAGGAAGUGGAGGAGGGGACCUCAAAGAAGACCAACAGUUGCACCAGGGCUAUUAUCUGGCUGGCUAGGUCGAUAAAUUUCUCAGUACAUUUGCUGGAGAGAUUAAUGAAGAACCCAGAUUCAAGCCUGAAAAAGAUGGUGGAAGAAGCAUACAACAGCACCCUGAAGCCAUUCCAUGGAUGGAUCUCAUCAGCUGCUUACAGGGUAGCAUUGGGUCUCAUUCCGGAAAGAGAGAUCUUUAUUCAGCUGCUGAUGGGGAACUGCCAGGAUCCUGAGGAUUUUGGAGGAGAUGUCAUGAUCUUGGUCUCCAUUGUACAGCCUCUGCUAGAAGAGAUCAAUGCCAUUUUGGUCAGUGUUCCCCAUCCACAUGCACAUCUUCUUAAUUAAUCAGUCAUUGCAUUGCAUGAGAGAUAUGUGUUUUCUGAUACCGUUCAUGGUUAAUCUACAGGUCAAACACCAGCUGGACAGGCUCAAAUCCACCUGAAAAACAAGGAUGGCCAAUCACCUGAUGAUUGUACAUAUCUACUACUGUACUGCACAAGCUAAUUAACCUACCUUGCGUUGUAAAAUGAAGAUUAAGGACUUCUUUGUUGGUGGGUUUUUUUAAGCAACUGCUGGUGGUUGGUUCCAGACUCCCUUUUUGUUAAGCUGUCACAGAUGUCUUUGCUGUAUGUCUUUGUGCCCUUGUAGUUUUAGUGGGUUGGAUGUAUCGAGAACUUAUUUACCUGAAACAAAAUGCAUCUCCUGUUUCUCUUUCUUCUAA